CUCUUUUAUCUUCUCAAAGUACCCGUCGAAGAAAUGAAUCUCAAGGCUAUACUAGUAACUGGAAGUGGUUGGGCGAAUGCAGCAACAAUAGACGUGGUGUAUGACUUGUUAUAUAUGAUGGGCCGUGAUGAUAUCACUGUCGGUUUAGGUGAUUCCUUUGGUGUGCACCAAUCUUAUUCAAAGGUUGGCCCAACUGUUGGCGAUUGCAAGUAUUCAAAAGCUAUACCACACGGAAGUGGGGGACGUUUGGAUUCUGAUACAUUAUAUGGGCUUGCCCGUGAUCUACCAAGGAGCCCAAGAGGGUACACAGCACAAAAUUCAGUUAAAUUUGGAGCUCCACGUGACACAGAUUUCCCUCAACUUAGACAACCGUUAGCACUAGAAGUUUGGAGAUCCUUAGUAAAAUCAAUUGAUGAUGGAUCAAAAAUUACAAUCUUGACUAAUGGGCCGUUAACGAAUUUAGCAAACAUCUUACUUUCAGAGAGUAAUGCCAGCUCAAUCAUUCAGGAAGUGUUUAUACUAGGAGGACAUAUCAAUUACAAGAAAAACCAAGAAAAAGGGAAUGUGAUACAUGUCCCUUCAAACAAGUAUGCAGAACUAAACAUGUUUCUUGACACUUUGGCUGCAAAGACUGUAUUCGAAUCAUCACUUGACAUCACACUCAUCCCUCUCCAUGCCCAACGUAAAGUCUACGCGCUUCCAAAGAUCAUAAAAAUGUUGCAAGCAAAGAACAUGACACAUGAGGCAGUUUUCACGCGACGUUUAUUGACAAGGCUUCACCAUUUACAUCAAAGACAUCACUUGUAUCGACAUGUGGACAUGUUCGCGGGUGAGAUUUUAGGUGCCGUUAUCCUCGCUGGUGACCAGAAACUUCUAAAUUCGACUUUUGAAAUUAAGCAUUUGAAGGUCUAUACAGAAGGACAGUUAUCUAGGGAUGGAGAAGUAAUUUUUGACACAAAGAAAAAGAAAGGAUUUAAAGUACUGCAAGGCUUCAAUCAUGUAUCAUGUUACAAUAUUUUUUCAAACGGUCUUCUUCGCCGGAAGCAAUCUGCAGUGAUAGGAAGCUUUGGUGAGCAAAAACGGCGGUGGAGUUCACCGACAGCAUAAUCUUCCUUCAUUCAUGCAUACCUUCAGUCAAUAUAUCAAACGUUAUUGGAGUCGAUAUAUCAAACUUUAUUGGAUAAAGGGGCUUAAUUUCAGGAUGAAGAUGUAAUAAUGUAAGAUUUGGUAGCUUUUGAGACAUGUGGUUAAUUCAUAUAUCAAAAAUCCCAAGACAUAUCUAUUGGCUGUUUUCUACC